GCAACAGCUGAAGGCACCCUGGUUGAGAAAAAUGUCCAAUAUCAAUGCUUCAGCUGAUGCACAGUUUGGUACGAGGCCUCUCCUUUCCCUGUAGAAUUCUUGAACUAUUUUUCUUUGUUAAAUUCGAACAGGAUCCGAUUCCGGCCAAAUCGAUACAGUCUAGUUGAAAUGAUACAACAGCUGGAGAGACGUACAGCGCAUUCUGAACUCAUGCUCAACACAAGAGAGAUGCCAAUACAGGUUUUGGAAUGAGGACAUAAAAUUCUGUUGCGUAUGACUAAGGGAGUGACCCACCUCCAAAACCCGUCAAGAUAAAAAUGAGUUUUUUUAUGUUAGAUUCAGACGAUUCAGUCAUCUCUAGUUGAAACGAUACAACAGCACGAGAGCCGUACAAAGCAUUCCGGACUAAUGUUCAACACAAGAGAGAUGCCAUAACAGGUUGCCAUAAUUCUGUUGCUUAUGACUAAGGAGUGACCCACCUCCAAAACCCGUCAAGAUUUUACCUGUCCUGCUGACAUGUUAAGAGCCCUGCUUUUAAGAUAUUUUAAUAACUUGAAAAACUACUUUUUCAACCUUACAGGUGUCCUUAAAAGUGCUUUUCUCCUUUAAAAAAGGAUUUCCAAUGUGAAGGGAAGUAUCUGUAAAGUGAUAUCCCAAGCUAAAUUACAUGCUGAUAGGAAGCAACACUGAAUGGCUUGGAGCUUUUUGUAAAUUACCACAUUUAGUUAGUUAGGGGUGAAGAGCGGUCAUGUUGUGCUACAUUGGAGUCCUCCUGGGGAUUGUGACCCUGAGCCAGUCACUUGGACCUGGGGCCUAUCUGCAGCUGGAUAACUGUGCUUUACAGAAUGCUGUGACUGAUGUUCUGGCAGAUACAGGAACCUUACUGAAAAUGGCAAACUCCGACACUUCUAAGAAAGUCCUCAAGAAGGGUAAAGGUGCCGUGAAGGGUAUUACAAAUAUAAAGGUGGAAAAGAUUGACUUCUCCAAGAUCUACCUGAACAUCCUAACGGACACUGGGAUCCAGAUGUUUGUAACGAACAAGAUAUUAAUCACCGGGAAAAGUUUCUUGGGUGGAAAAACAGUCAUGAAAAUGGAAGUAGAUAUUGUUACAAAUUCAAGCGUGAAGAAGGAGGACGUAGAGUGCCCGACAUUAGUCAAGGUGGAAUGUGUGACCAAUCUUGUUGCAAUGGACGUCAAUCUUCCCAAAGGAAUUUUGCCAAGUGCGAUGAAUAAUUUUCUGGAUAAAAAUCUUAAAACUAUCUUGCCGGCUACAGUGUGUCCAGCAGUGGAUCAUGUCCUUAGUGAAAUAAAUGGAGAGCUGUGCAUGAAAGACAUGAGUUUCCCUUUUGGACAAGCUGGAAGCCUCCAAUACUCGACAUCUCCGACACCGACAGUGACAGAAGAGAAUAUCAUUAUUGAAUUAAAUGUCCAAGUUUUCGAAGGAGAAAAUCUCAUCAACCUUCCAGAUGACCAGGCUGCCAGCCCUUUAGUCCUGCCUGCUGCUUCUGAAACCACGUUAUAUCUGACCACUGACUUACUCGGACGCGCCUUCACUGUGCUUCAAGAAGAAGGAACGUUUAACUUUAAAGCCAGUGAAGAAGAUGUAUGAAAUAUAAAACGAGUAUACACGUUCACUGGAUGAGAUGUUUCAUAUGUUUUUGUGCACAAUAAGCCAAGUGUUGGGUAGGAAUGUCAUUAGAGGAAACACUGAGCUAUAUUUCUGCCACCUAUAUUACUGAAAAAGGGGGGAAGUAACCCAUCUAGAAAACAUACCCAUAUGUGGUGACCAAUGAUGUUACUGCAUAUGAUGAUGACGAGUGUACUCUACCCCCACCCCCAGUCUUGAAAUUAUACCUUCAACACAAGAGGGGCAUGGAAGUGAAGAGAUGCGAGACAGUAUAAUCCCUAUAACGACACUAACAAUAAAGACCCACAAGGGAAGCUAGGGGCCAAAAACACAAUCCUGGGUAUGGGGUAAAAAAAAAACCCUAUGUAUUGUCAAGCCUAAAAAUGUACUUUUACAGUGAAAUCUCCCUUAGCGGACACCUCCCAAUAGUGGACAGUUUUUAAUUCCCUGGGAGAGUCCCAUAAGACUUAAUGUAUUUGCAGCCUCCGAUUAGGGAACAUUCCCAAUUGUGG